AUGGUAAUUCACAUCUCAAGUAAAAAUACCAAUCAUAGACCUUCGAUCUCUGAAUCAAUAUCGGUGUCUCUGGGCUUACAACAUCAGGAGUUAUCACCUUCUACUGAAAUGGUAAAUGGUUCCGAUUCCCAAAUACCCAAUAUGACUCAUAAACACAGUGCUCCAUUUCUACAUAACGACGGUUCAUAUAUUGGACGAUCUUAUAUUAAUGGAUUUAUAUCCGGAUCUCCUUCUUUAAGUAGAUCAUCGAGGAAUGAUCUGAAUAUUGGACAAUUAUCCAAAUCACUCUAUAAUAAACCAAUAUACGAAUCUAAAAGAUUACAUGAUGAAACAGCUGAGAUUUCAAAAGAUUUCGACAGAAUAUCGAUUGAGGAUCAUAAUAUCAAGAAAUAUAUCGAUUACAUAGAAAGAGAGGAUGACCGUCAUGACCAGGUUUUUAUUAAUAACAACAACAAUAAUGUAAAUAAUAAUGAAAUGGAAGAAGUCAUAGCUGAUCGAGACAUAGAAAAUAAUAUUCCCGCAGUUACUUUAUCAAAGGUAUCAGAUGAAGGAAUUGAUGAGUACUCAAGGCUAUUCCUUUCACCAGUAGCUUCCAAAUCCUCUCAAGUACAGAGAGAUGCCACAUUAACAACUUAUAAUUCAAUAUCAUCAUCCAUGUCGACACCACGUCCGGUAGGCCUCUUCGAAAGAAUAUCUUCAUGCUCUACAGAUAUUAUCACAUAUUUGCCUGCUGCUGUGUUGGGACUCCUGUUAAAUAUUUUAGAUGCAUUAUCUUACGGUAUGAUCAUAUUUCCAAUUACAGAACCAGUUUUCUCUCAAUUAGGGCCUACAGGGUUAUCAAUGUUUUAUAUUUCUACUAUCAUAUCACAAACUAUAUUCUCUAGUGGGUGGUCAAGUUUUCCUUGUGGUAUCGGUAGUGAAAUGAUAGAAGUUACACCCUUUUUCCAUACAAUGGCUAUUGCAAUAAUGAAUGCACUUCCAUCUAAAAACCAAAAAGAUGAAGUAAUUACUACAACAUUAUUUUGUUAUUGUAUAAGUACAUUGAUUACUGGUUUUACAUUUUUAAGUCUUGGGAAACUACGGUUAGGUAAAAUAGUUGGAUUUUUCCCUCGCCACAUUUUGAUUGGCUGCAUAGGUGGUGUCGGUUAUUUCUUACUGGUAACUGGGAUAGAAGUAUCUACACGUGCAGCUAAAUUUGAAUAUUCCAUUCCUUUCCUUUCGCAUUUAUUCACUGAUUCAGAGACAGUAUGGAAAUGGUUCCUUCCUGUGAUAUUAACGGUUAUAUUGAUCUUAACUCAAAAGUAUUUUAAAAACUCUCUAGUUCUACCAUCAUUUUAUAUUAUGACACUCUGCAUGUUCCAUUUCAUUGUGGCUAUCUUACCAAACUUAUCUCUAAAUAAUUUGCGUCAUAACGGCUGGAUUUUCCCAUUGGCCGCAUCUGAUACACGUUGGUAUGAUCAUUACAAGCUGUUUGAUUUAACGAAAGUUCACUGGAAACUGGUCUUAAAACAGAUUCCUACUAUGCUUGCAUUAACAUUUUUUGGUAUUCUCCACGUUCCAAUCAAUGUCCCAGCACUUGCCAUGUCAUUGCAAAUGGAUAAAUAUGAUGUGGACAAAGAAUUAAUUGCACAUGGCUGGUCAAACCUUGUAAGUGGUGCAGUUGGUUCCAUUCAAAACUAUCUGGUUUACACUAACAGUGUUUUGUUCAUUCGUGCUGGUGCGGAUUCUGCCAUUGCUGGUUAUAUUUUGAUACUUUUAACAAUUUGUGUAAUGAUUAUUGGACCUGUUAUUAUUUCAUACAUUCCAAUUUGUAUCGUUGCAUCAUUAAUCUUCCUACUUGGUUACGAACUAUUAGUUGAAGCUAUUUGGGAUACAUGGGAUAAAUUAACAAUGUUUGAAUAUUUAACCGUGGUUAUUAUAGUUCUAACUAUGGGUGUCUUUGAUUUUGUACUAGGUAUCGUUGUUGGUAUAUUAAUUGCUUGUUUCAAAUUCCUUGUCGAUAGUACGAAAUUACAAACUGUUAAUGGAGAAUUUGAUGGAACUGUGGCCAAGAGUACUGUGGCUAGAGAUCAAGUUCAAUAUAAUUUCCUGAGAGGUAUUGGUGAACAAAUAUAUGUGUUAAAAUUACAAAAUAUGUUAUUUUUUGGAACGAUUAUUUCCAUCGAAGAAAAAAUAGAUAAAUUAUUAGAAAUUAGUGAUAAUGAUUCUUCUAAGAGAAGAAUUAAAUAUUUAAUUCUGGAUUUUAAAAAUAUUAAUGCUGAUAAUAUCGAUUACUCGGCCGCUGAGGGUUUCAACAGAAUUAAAAGAUUUACACAGACCAAAGGCAUUCAAUUAAUCAUUUCUUCAAUAUGUGACAGAGAUCAUAUCUACAAAGCAUUUAAUAAAGUUGGAUUGUUACGAGAUGUUGAGCUUUUUAAUGAUUUAAAUAGUGCUUUAGAAUGGUGUGAAAAUGAAUUUUUGUUUAAAUAUAAGGAAUUACGUGAAAGAGCCAAAACAAGAUUACAACAACAGAGAAAGUCGGCUCAAGGGUCAACGAUUGCAGGUACAACCCAACCAUCGAGUCGCCGUAUUUAUGCUCCUCCAGUAAACACUCCAAGAAACUAUCAAAUUCUACAUGUUGCACAAGAUGUUUUCAGAAAUGAAGAACGUACCACUAACACAUUAGCAGAAAAUUUAAAUGAUAUUUCAGAAACUGAAGAACCAAUAUUAACAUUGUUACUAUUUGUUCUAAGACAAUAUAGACCCAAGAUAAUAUCUCCAGAUCGAGCAGAACGUGAGAAAGCAAUUUCUUUCUGGUCUCAAUUAUCCCCAUACCUUGAGAGAAAAGAAUUUACCACAGAAUCUAUUCUUACAUAUAGUGAUAACAUUUUCUUUAUUGUGGAGAGUGGUGUUUUAAAAGUAAGUUUCAAUCUUCCUCAAGGUUGUAUCUAUGAAACUAUAUCUACUCGGACCUGCUAUGGAAAGAUGAUACAUAAAUAUGAUGAAAAUAGCAAUACCCGAGUUAUUGGUUCUGAUCCAGUGACGAUCAAAGCUGAAACUGAUUCUAUUCUUUGGAUGGUCGAUUCUGAUUCACUACAAAGAAUGAGACAAGAAAAUAUUGAAUUGUUCCUUGAACUUUCAUUAUUAAUGAUGACUAUCAAGGACACCAGAUUUAAAGACUUACUAGGUUACGCAUUAGUCAGUUCUUGA